AUGAUUCUACUUGAAGUACACAAUCGAAUCAUUGAAGAAUUAUUAACACUUCAAAUCGAAGCUUUUUUACGUAAAGAAAAAUUAGUUGAACUUAAAACUGAUGUUAUCGAUUUUGAUGGUGCACUUUAUCAUAUAACGAGUUCACGCGACAAACCAUUUACUGUAAAAUAUGGUGAUCUUCUUGUAAGACCAUUAGAAGGUUAUAAUGUAACGUUAUCAUUGGAUUUCAAUACACAAUUACCUAAAGGUGAUAGUAAUGAUGCAUGGCUACCGCUUGUUCGUAAAAUUGCGAUGCUUAAAAGAAACCGUUUUGUGAUUGUUUUUGAGAAACAUUUUGAAUAUCAAACGAAACAAGAAUCAACAAAUGGCAAUCAUAAACGAGCUGUUAUACACUAUCGUGAUGAUGAAACGAUGUAUAUUGAUGCAUCAUCUGAUCGUGUUAUUGUUAUUUUUCCAACUAUAUUUAAAGACGUAGAUGAUAACAUAAUUGGUCGGGUUUUUAUGGAAGAAUUUAAAGAACGACGAAGACAAUUUCAACAAGCACCACAAGUUAUUGUGAGUUAUCGUACGCCACCAGAAGAAUUAAAAGAUAUGUAUGAAGCUCGCAUAGAUGAUAACAUUGGUUAUUUAACUUUUGUUCUGUUUCCAAGUCAUACAAAAGAAAUUGCACGUGACAAUACAAUUAAUCUUAUUCAUACUCUUCGUAAUUAUCUUCAUUAUCAUAUAAAAUGUUGUAAAGCAUACCUGCAUGCACAUAUGCGUUAUAAAACCAACGAAUUUUUAAAGCGUCUUCAGUUAGCUCGACCAGAAAUCAAGAAAAAUAUUCGACGUGGUCCUAGUAUAAUUGGUAGUUGA